GCUUUCGCGACGUUCUUCCAUUGAUUGGCAGGUUUUCUAAGAAGUGCAACAGCAACCGACGCACCGAUAGCAGAAGACAAAAAAUGGCGGACGACACGAAUGUGUCUUCAACACAAAAGAUAGUUCGAAUUACCCAAGAAGAACUAGAGCAGUCCACGAACCUUGGUAGUCCAGAGCAUGUUCAUCUAAACAAUAAAUCAAGGAAACAUUCAAAUAGCCGUGCAGAGGCAAGGAAAGAGAGCAGUGAUUCGCCAAGUUCAUCUGACGGACAAUUGAAAUCCAAUGAAAAUGGGAAAUGGAGUGGCGAAAGCAAGGGUUUCCAGGUGCAAAACGAGGACAAGAAUGAUAUGUUUAAUGUCAAGGAAGCUAGUAAUAGUGGUAGCGUGGAAAAAUGCGAUGAAAAGCAAGUCUUGGGAACCAAAAACGUGGACACGGCUAAAAUGAGGAAACCGCGAGUUCGGGAAGGUUAUGGAUUGUAUCAGGUGAAAAAGGGGAAGUUCUCGGAUAAAAUGAAGAUAUCAGAAGUUAUGACCUCACCAAAAGAAAAAGUUAAGCCUGGAGAAAAUCAGCUAAAAGACGGGCCAAAGAAGAAGAGUCCCACCAAGGGAAAUGUAAGCAGCAUUAGGAAUGAAAAUGCAGCAGAAAGUGAACAGAAAUCUGGAAAGUCAGAGCGGUCGUCUUUGGAUGGAGAUAAUGAAGCCAUCAGUGGUUAUAACAGAGAAGAGUCUGCUAAAAGUAGGAGCCUUUCUGCAAAUAUUCAGGUGAACAAAAAAGAUUUUCACGAGGGAAACACUGUUACGAACACUUUACAUUCUAAAGAGAAGAAAUUUGUGAAAGAAGACUGGGAUCUUUCUCACUCUUCUCAUCAAGUUGCUAGCAAAGCUGAAGAGGAAAAGGAAGAUUCAAAGAGACCUAUCAGUGCAGAUCAACCAAAUAUACCAGUUAUGGAAACUAAAAUGCCUAACAAAGAUGAAAAGACCUCUGGGGAAGCAAACAGUAGGAAUGAUAGUUUAAAAAGAAGAUUAACUGAUUGUGAGAAAAAAGGGGAAGAUGUAAUUGACAUACAAGAAGGUAAAAAUGCAAAAGAUGCAUGUGCCCAUUCCAAGGAGAGCAAAAACAACACGAGCUUAGGGCAGCAAAAAAUUGCAUCAAAAGAGCAAAAGCCACAUACUGUAAAAGGCAUUGGGAGAGGAAAAGUGUUGUUAAAGCAGACAUCAGGCAAAGGGAAAGAGCGUUUGAAAGAUAGAAAAAAGCUCCCAUUUAGAAGAAAAAAGUCUGUUGAAAAACAAACAGAGGAUUCUAAGUUUAAUGAAGCUGAAAAUGAAAGUAAUGUUGAUCCUAAAAAUCCCAAAGAUGGUGUGUUUGCAAAUGACUCUGGAAAUAGAACUAAAGAAAACACAUUAAAGGAAGUGAAAGGAAAGGCAACUUUUUCAGAUACGGAUAAGGAAAUUUGUGAUCAAGAAAGUCUUGAAGCAUCUUCAGAUAAUACAAACAAAAAAGCCGGUAUCAUAAUUUUACCAUCUCCAGGUCUUUUAGAGCAAGCUGAGACUCAGAGGGAUGUCCAGAAAGCAGAAAAAGAUAAUGAACAAAUUGAAACUUCAAAAGGCUUCCAAAAGCUUCAAAGACCUGCAGGAUUUGACCCGAAGAAACCUAGAGGGAAAGCGAAGAUUAUAAAUGAGAAACAAACGGAAAUUAUUUCUGAAAAAGAGAAUCUGACGAUUUCAUCAUCAGAUGAGAAAGUAUGGUCUCGCAUAAAGUCUGAAUGUAACAAGAUGAAAGGAAAAUUAGCAAAGAGCUUUCUUGAAUUAGAGGACAUUGAAGAAAUUUUGGAACUGUCUACAUUACUUCAAGACUUGUACAAAGAGCUUAUUGUCAAGCACCAGGAUUUUUCAUUUGAAAAUGAUGUUGAGAGCUCUUUAUGGAAGAAUACUUUUCAUAAUGUCAUCACAAAAAUAAGAGAGUUAUUAGAUGAAAAACCAAAUGGCCGUGACUUUAAUGAAAUUGUUCAGUUUUAUUGGAAUUUUCUUCAGGAUGGGGAUGAUUUCUUGCAAGAGAUGCUUUUGUCCCUGCAGGAGGAAUGGAAAUUUGAUUUAGAUGCUUUUGUGAAAAAUCCUUUGAAAAUGGUUGGUUGCAAAAAGCAAGUUAAAUAUGCCAUCAGAAGUUGCCAUUUGAUCUUGUUAAAUUUGGGUGACCUAGAGAGAUAUAUCACAGAUUUGCAACAAGAUUUAAAUUAUUCAAAAGCCAAUGAAAAUUACCUGAAAGCACAGUUGCUGGCACCAAAGAAUGGCAAGUCUUACAACCAACUAGCUGUUGUUGCUGUUAAGAGCAAGAAGAAACUUGAUGCUGUUUACUAUUACAUAAGAAGUUUGGAGACAAGCAAGCCAAUAGAAUCAGCUAGAGAGCGACUCCUAGGAAUAUUUCAUGAAAUCAAGAAAAAGGCUGAUUUCACGAAGAAACAGUGCCUGGAAAAGUCUGUAAUGGCUGAGGAUUUUGAAUGGCAGAGAAUGGAAGAAAAUAAAGCAUUUGAUAACGAUUUUUCAAAGCAUGAUACAUGGGUCUUCAUUCGUGGUGGACAGUGCUACAAGUUAAAGCUUGGCUUUAAUGGGAAGAUCAAGGAAAUUAAGGAAGGAGGUGAUAUGUCGGAAGAAAAUGGAACUCAAGAAAAAGUCUCUUUAAGAGAGGCCAGUAAGCAGUUCUUGGUCUAUUACCUCUACCUGCACGGAAUAUUGUAUACCACAAUAGGGUUUGAACAUGUUAUGACAGUUUACGAAGAUGCAAUGCAGUCUUUCAAGCUUGUGUUAAACGCAAACAAAGCAUCUUGCAUCAAAAAGGAAAAUCUGAUUAAAUAUAUGGCCAUAAACAUCUUCUCGAUCAAUAAUCUUCUAAAGAAGUUAGACAAAUCCGAAGUAAUUGACGUUGCAAUCAUAUUUGCAUUGGAUAUGGUUGGAAUAAUUGCGCAACAUUGUGUUACUUUGAUGGAAGAUUACGAUACCGAUGCUCUGGAUCAAUUAUUACCAGCAGUGAAUGCAUGGAUGAAAUGGAUGUGCGGAUACCUUGAUACCAUCAAAUGCUCUUCAGUUUGCCAUAUGAAGGACAUUUGGGAGAACAUUGUACGGUUCAUAAAUGCAAUUCGAAGUUACGACAUUUUGCCUGCCAAGGCAUCAGAAGACGGUGAGCCUGUAGGCCUUUUCGAAGACAAAUUCUUAUCUGGGUUCCAGCCUCUUUUUGAAAUGGACAAGCCCUCGAUGAAAGCAUUGCAAAUAGAUCGGAACAAAGCUGAACGACUGCUCAGAAUGGAGAGUUUGAAAGAGCUUGCGUUCAUGAUAUCAGAGAGCGGCAAACUGCCGGUUGUCUACAAUGAAGAGACCCGGUCGUUUGAAGUUGUUACGCCUUCUGUUGUUUUUGAUUCCCCAACCAAAAACGGUACAACCUUAUGCCUUGAAGAAAAUGACACUGAUUUACAGGGUGAUGAAAGUGACAUCAUCAUUGAAGAUGUGGUAGAAAAUAUCGACGAUCGAGAGCUUCAGUAUCUCAAAGAAUUGAAGGCCAAAAAGAUGGAGUUAACAGCUAAAUUGAGCGACCAAGUGAAGAAAAAACAAGAGAGAGCUGCCAUCGUAGAAAACAAUGCAUCUCAAGUUCAUGUCAUUUUUGAAAACCACCCCAAGCACAUUGUUCCUGACACUAACUGUUUCAUCGAUAACCUCGCCGGGAUUUUAAAGAUUGUCGAUUCGAGAGAUUUCGAUGUUGUUCUUCCUCUAGUUGUCGUCAAUGAACUGGAUGGUCUGAAGAAGGGCAGAGAUGUGCCGAGCAAAUGUCCAAAUGAAGCCAAUGCGAUGUUGGUAAAGGAACGGGCGAGAAUUGCAAUGGAAAUGUUGGAAAAUCGCUUUAGCGAGGACAACGCAAGGCUAAAGGCAUUAACGAGUGCCGGAACAGAGUUAGAUUCGAUUGCGUUUAGAAAUGAAGAGUUUUUGCAAGACAAGGGGAAAAAUGAUGAUAUUAUUCUCUCAAGCUGUCUCCAUUACUGCGACGAAUCUAUGUCAAGAUUCUCGCCAGGCGACAGCCCUGUACGGCUUCAAAGAAACGUGGUCCUGCUUACAGACGAUAGAAACCUUCGCUUGAAGGCUCACAGUCGUCAGGUACCAACUCUCAGUUUGAAUAUCUUCCUGAGAAUGGCUCAUUUGGACUAAGUCUGACCGCGAACCUGAAGAUUUGAUCGCAAAUGGCAGCUAGCUUUGUUGAGGCAACGUUUCCUGUCAACUGUUUAUGAAGGAAUUUCGGAUCUCUUUAAUAGACUCUGUGAGCCUCGACUUGAAAGAGCUCAUGUUAUUCCCAUCUACCGUGGCCUCGCAAUCGGUUCUGCGUCCUCGUGACUCUGUUGCUGUCAACAUUCACAAGUCGUUGUUGAUGUUGAAACCGAUUAUAUUCAAAAGAAGUCAGGUUGCUGUUGUUGUUGAAAUCAGUUAUGUUAAAGAGAAUGCUUCUAGAAUUCCUUCAUAUAUAGAAACAGUUCGAGCUGAGCAAGUUAAAGUUCCUCUCUGAUUCCCUCGCAUUUUGUUUGUUCACUUCACUGGGAGAAAAGAUGGACGACGAAAGUUGAUAAGUAGAGUUCGAAUGACGCUUUGUAGAGACUUUCCCUUACUUAAAAGUACUCUUGUCUAAUGCUUACAAAUCUUAUUUCAUUGCUUUGUCCAAAAUGCUGGCCCUAAACUAUCAACCACCGUCAUAGCAAAGUCUAUGAAAUUCUGCCAAUUUUGAUCGAAAAUUCUAUUUUUUAAGCCUUUUUGGGUCGCGCCUAUUAAACAAAUGAAUUGCGGGAAUGCACCUCAUGGCUUGGUAUCCCCUACCGAUUCCCACCAGACCAUUGACUGAAAAACCCUCUCCUCAUGAGGAUAACGAAAUUUCACACAUUGCCCUCUUGAGAAUUUGCUUUUAAAAAGGACUUCGAUCUGGAAUCUUGUCGCAAAAGUCAUGGUUUUGUUUGCAAUGCACAUAGAAUAGGAACAUUUGCCGCCAUCGUCUCAAGGGUAUUUCAUAUAAGACGGUGUUCCCAAAUGAAUGACAGCAAAGGGUGUUCUAUAAGCUUUAUUCAAACCCAAAGGCAAUAGGUAAUGCUCAGUUGAAGUAGGGAAUAUAUACAUGUAUCUGUAAUAUAUGUUUCUGCUAGAGUUUUAUAGUUUGAACCAGGGUGAUACAUUGGCUCAACUUCGAUUCGUAAUAUAAGAAAUAUGCCUAAAUGUCAGUAAAGUCAAUACUGGCUAUCGAUUGCUUAGCAACUCUCCAAUUGUUAUAUUUUAGUGAUUCCUUCAGUGGGCGUGGUUAGAAUUGUUCGCUGCCCCACCCUGAACCUAGCUCUUUUAUUUGUUACAAACCUGUUGCAUUAAAGCUAUACCAACCUUUCUCUUAUGUAUGGUUUUGUGGAAGAUCCGACAUAAAGAAUAGAGAUUCUUCUCGCCUUUUUGAAUCUACUUCUCCAUAAAGCUUCACAAUAGCUCAUAAUUGCGAUAAGGCCAGCCCCUGUACCCCUAUUUUUGCGUUCGUAGAAAAACCUUCAC